AAAUUUCAACACGAUGAGUGUUGCAUCUGUCUUGAAAAAUUUACAGACAACACCCUUGUGCACGAAUUAAAUUGCACUCAUAUGCUCCAUGCAUGGUGCUCACGUCAGUGGCUGUUGAUGAAAACUUCAUGUCCCCUCUGCCGCAGUGAGGUCGUGCGGUUG